CUUUGCCGACUUUCUCGAUAUCUGCAUACACUUCUGUUGUCAAGUAAUAGAAGAGUACACUUGACACUACAAUUCAACACCAAGAAUACUGAUUGCAUUUUCACCUGACGAUGGCUACCUCAAAGCACCCACUGCUCCUCGCAGCUGCCGUAACCCAUGCCGUGCUUUCUCUUGGCCACACAUCUAAGGGCCUUGAGCAGUUCAAGCAUGCUUCUAUUAGUGCUCUACCCACCACCCUUCGUGGUGCUGUGAAGGCUGGUUGGUACGAGGGCAGCGGAUUCUUCCUUAUGAUGGGUAAGCUCCGUCCUUUGUCCCAAAUUUCCUGUUUUAUUAUUCGGUCUGUGUUGUUACAGGCCUCAAAACUGACGGUGCCCUUAGCUGUUUUGAACUACAAGUGGGCUCAGACAGGGCUGCUCGACAUCUAUGACAAAAGCAUUGCUGGAUUGCUGGUGACUAUUCUUGCUGGUGCAGCUGGAUCAUACUUUCAGUCAGGUGAUAAGCCGACUGCAGCUACGUUAGCGGCAGCUGCUGUCCUACAGGGACUGGCCGCGAAGGGAGCUGCUUUGUAGUAGCUGUUUGAAUGACAGAUCUCUCUGAAUUAUUCGUCAUUACCUCCAGCGUUUGUGAGACUUCACGAACGAUAACUCCACAAGGCCGUAGAUUCUUCCCGAUCAGGUUGAGUCUGUGCAUAUUGGUGUUUGUGAUCAA